GUAGAAAUCGGUGUGUCCCAAGCUACGACUCUCUUCAACCUUCAGUAUUAGAAACUUAGUCUAAGCUCUCCAAAGUGUAAGACCAGCAGUCCAGCACAGAUCUGAAUCGGCCUUCCCCUAGAUCUCAUAUUCCACUUAAGGUCCAUUGCUAUUAUAUCAGCAUGUCCAGGAGGCCAGUCAAUCCUGCUAGGCGCAUUGGUGAUGGUGGAAGCAUCCCAUUUGUGGGUGCGGUGCAGGCCAAAGCGAGCUCAUCACCUGUACUGUCUGUAGCGCUUGUGCUUCUGGGUACAAUUCUUCUUGUCUGCUAUGCUUUUAGCGGGUCAGGUGGAGUGAGCAGUAAAGAGGCUGUGAUUAAACUUGAAGGUGGUGUUUCAUGUACACUCGAAGUUCAGAGAGCAAUACCUAUACUAAAGAAGGCAUAUGGUGAUAGCAUGCAUAAGGUAUUGCAUGUAGGCCCUGAAACAUGUUCAGUUGUAUCUAAAUUAUUAAAAGAGGAGGAGACUGAAGCCUGGGGUGUGGAACCAUAUGACUUGGAAGAUGUUGAUGGAAAUUGCAAGAGUCUUGUGAACAAAGGCAUUGUGCGUGCUGCUGAUAUAAAGUUUCCUCUUCCAUACCGGGCAAAAUCAUUUUCUCUGGUAAUAGUAUCAGAUGCAUUAGAUUACUUGUCUCCGAAGUACCUCAACAGAACUCUUCCAGAGUUAGCAAGGGUAUCUGCUGAUGGCGUAAUUAUUUUCUCUGGUUAUCCAGGUCAACAAAGAGCUAAAGUUGCAGAGCUAUCCAAAUUUGGCCGUCCAGCCAAAUUGCGAAGCUCAUCCUGGUGGAUAAGAUUUUUUGUUCAAACAAGCUUAGAAGAGAAUGAAUCAGCCUCGAAGAAGUUUGAACAGGCUGCAUUAAAGAGAUCUUAUAAGCCCGAAUGUCAGGUAUUCCACCUUAAGUCAUACCAUUGAGAAUCACAUCAUUGUAUCUUUCAUUGUAUCAGUUAUACCAUUGCACAAAAGGUAACUAUAUAUUUUGUGAAAUACGGAACCUCAUUAUGUGCUCCUUUAUGAGACGAGAUUUCUGAUAGAUGUGUACUAAGGAAUGAUUUCCCAAGAAUUGGGUACUGUCAUCACUUUGUAUUCUUUUAUACGAUGUAUUUGCCGCCCACAUUGCUGGUUCUUGUUGUUGCAAUGAUAGAUUUGUUAGAAUGUUCAGAUAUACAUUUGUUGAUUAUAUUGAUAAGACAGUCGUAUAUCGUUUUAGUGAUGCAAUCAAUUCUAUCUUUUGAUGCAUGCCCUCAGUGGAGAAGUCAAUUUCCACUAAAAUUAAAACUUAUUUUACCACGUUGAGGACCUUAUUUACGCCAUGACUGGAGGCUGUACCUGACGCCAUGGCCGGAGGCUUUACCUUAAUGUGUCAUAGAUCCACAUAGUAUUGAAAAGGGAAU